GGAGAAUUUUAACACAAAAUAAUACACAUAUGCUCAAAUGACUCGAUUAUCCAGAGAACUAAAGAAGUCCCUUUUUAGGUGGAGGUGUUGACCAAAUCACAGGCUGAAAUAUUUACAGGAGUAUAAUUCUUAGAUUUCACAUUGUUUUCCUUGAUUUCUCAGAGCCAUGGACUUCUUGGUUGCGCUGUUCCAUAAUUUGGUACAGCACCCCGAUUGGCAGAUGCCACAAGUUUGCAGUGAUGCAUAUAGAAACACACUCAAGAAACGGCAUGGUUGGCUGGCGAGUUCGAGCUUCUCGUCAAGUGCCUUAGCAUGCACAUUGCACAUAGUGAUGCCUGAGGAUUCCAGGUUGCCAUGAAGCUUGCUCCAGAUAGAAAGAAGUUCAUGGAUAUCAUUAGUGGCUUAGGUGACAUAAAUGCAGACAUUGAGAAGUUUUGUGCAACAUUCUCCCCUUUACUGGCAGAAAACCACAAGUUUCUGGUAAGUCCAAGUGCCCAACCCAGAUUGCUUAUGCUUUUUGUGCCACACGUUUUCUGAAGAUGACAGUUUACAAUAAAACUAUCUACUCAGGCUAGCGUCGGCAUGGAUGAUCUUAAGGCAUCAUGAUAUAACUUGGCUUACUCGCAAACUGGCGAUCAAGAUCACUUCUAAAUUGCAAUAUUUGUCGUCCAUUAUUGCUGUACUUGUACCACAAACAGUUUUUUACCUUCAUUAUACAACCAAAUUUGUGAACCAAUAAUGGCAAGAAAAUUUGAUGCAAUCAGGAUAUUGCUCGUGCAGUUUCUUCUUCCCAACUCAAAUAGGAAAGUAUAUGUUUUAUAGUAUAUUUGUAACAUCUACCAGAUAACUGAUAGUAUGAAGAUAUCCAAUUAAUAUGCUCUCUCCACAAAUCGACAAUGUAUGGAUGAUGAAAGAGUUGUUUCAGUGACCUUUUCUUGUAUUUGAUGUUUUGCUCUUGAAAGCGAGUAUUAUUUCAGGUGGGGACCCCCCCCCCCCCGCCGGUUGGUCUCUCUCAAAAGUAUUAUCAGUGACCUUUUUUUGGAAAGAAAGCAGCUGGGGAAAUUCUGAUGAUAUAAACAGGAACAUCAAUUCGCAUCCACAAGGACAUGAGGCAAAAUGUGUUGUUUUCCUCAACGUUGUCACAAGAGAUUGACCAACUGGACCAGGAAAACCUAUAUAUACACAAAAUGUGGAGCAGAAAGCGGCGAAUCGCAUGGGAACUCAUGGUGGAAGCGACACAAGGGUUAUUUCUAGCAGUGAUAUGUUUGUCCAAAGGGCUAUCUUUAGGCAAACGUCCUCUUCAUCCUCCAACCAGUUUUCCAUAACUGUACCCUCCUUAUAUAGCCACAAAAAGGACAGGUAGCCUCUUCCUACGCCCAUGCAUGGUUGAAUAUUAGGAGACGGCUCAAAGGGUUUGUGGCCCUCCAAAAAAAUUAGACAUAAUAUAGAACUCCUCCUCCUCCUCCCACCCUCAGAAUUCCAUCGACCGCGAUGCGCCCUCCGCUGAGCUCGGCAUAAGUUUCUAAACCAUAUGCCCAUUGCAAUGCGGAGGGUCUCGCGAUAUUGAGCUAGCAUAAUUCUGGGAGGAAGAGAUUGAGGGAGGAGCAACAUGCUGUUGGCCCAUUGAGGACGAAGGAGUGAGAGAACCGGUUAACAAGAAUUGUUCGUUCUUGUUAGCAUUGAUUUUUGUGGUUCUUGACAGAGUAAGCAUUCAAAUGUGGCAUCAUCCUUCUUUGCAACACUUAAUUUCACGCUCAUCUAUUUAAAUAGGAAUCUAGAACAUAAAAUUUGGGAUUCAUACAAUGCUAUGUCUUCGUUAUCUUGUCCUUCUCUUGCAGCAAUUUUUAGAUUCAAGAAGAGUGCUUGGGCACAAACACAGUAGGAGAAGCUAGCUGAAAGGACAUGAGCACAAAGAUGAAGAAGGGAAUACUGAGACCCUUCCGCUACUUCACUAACAUAAUGGAUACUAAGGAACAAGAAAUACAAAUCGGAUUUCCUACGGAUGUGAAACAUGUGGCGCACAUCGGAUGGGACGGACCAAGUACUGCAAACAAGAAGGUGGAAGAGCCUGGAGCACCUAGCUGGAUGAAGGACUACCACUCAGCGCCAUUGGACUCGGCCUCGUUCAGGAGCGACAGGGGAGGCUCUGCUGCUGCUGCCGCCUCUAACCCAUGGGCUUCUCAAGAGAUAGUGGUAGACGGCCUAGGAGACACCUCCUUCAGAGACACCAAAAGCGACGCCGCUGGCGGGGACUCCCCUCCGUCCCCUGGCGCCCGGCGGUCGAGGCGGAACCGGUCCCGUGACUCCGCUGCCACCUCCUCCAUGGACGCCUCUGCGGGCGGCGGCGCCGAGCCCACGGAGAAGAAGGACAAGGCGAAGAAGGGGAUCCGCAAGAACCGCAAGAAGGACAAGGAGAAGCAGGACAAGGCGGCGGAGGAGGGGGGCUCCACCACCUGCCAGGACCUCCCCGCGGUGCCCAAGAAGUCCAACCGCCGGAAAAACAAGGGCAGCUCCGAGGGCAGCGGCGGCGCGUCGGCCAAGGACGGCGGCGCCGGGGCUGCGCCGGAGGAGGGCGCGGCGCCGCUACCUCAGGUGGGCGAAGAAGACAAGGGCGGGACCGACUGAGCAAGCAAAUUAAGCUGUUCGUCCCCUCUCGUAACCUUCUCUGGAGAAGAAAAAUGCUAAGGAGUACUUUGAUUGAGCUUAACCCGGGUGGCUAUUGAUGACACACAGUACUCGAUCCAUCGAAUGGCAUCAAGGUGUCCAAGGUUGCAUAUCCAUGUUGCUUUAGCAUGCACGCCCUAACGCAACUCUUUCCUCUAUUUCGCCUUUGUAUACUGAUCAUUUUUUUAAUCCGUUGUAUUGUUCCAGAUUUAUAUAUAAAGUGUACCCUGUCUCAUAUACCUCUUUUAUAUAUGUAUAUACCACGAUGCAAUUGGUAUGCAGUGUUCAAAUGGCA